AUGAUGGUAAUCAUCUUCAGGGCAUUCAUAUGGAUGUACUUCGCAGUGACCACAGUGGCCAGUUCGUGCAGUCUCAUCAUCUUCAACACCCUCCUCAUCAUCGCCAUCCACAAACGCAGAAAUCAACAAAAAUUCAACAAGUACGGCAACAAUUACGUCACCACCAACAACAACCUCAACGAUUACGUCAUCAACAGCAAUAACAACAACAUCAACAACAACAGCAGCAGCGCAACUUCACAAAUUCUGGCAACUACGAAUAACUUGUUGACGUCGUCGGCGCUAACUCUCUCACUUCCGCCUGAGCUCAUCACGAAGAUUGAGAACAGCAUAAAAAAUGAUUUCGUCGUUCGAGGCCACGAAGGCAACAGUGACGUAACGAACAGCAACGAUGACGUCAUCAACAGUAAUAACAUCAACGACAAAAUAAUUAGCAACAACUUCAACAACAACAACAAUAACAACAACAACAACAAUAACAACAACAACAACAAUAACAACAACAAUAACAACAACAACAAUAAUAAUGAUUAUAAUUCUAUUGUUUCGACUUUUAUAGGCGGUAACAUUAACAACACUUAUGAGAGAGGCACGGCAAGAAAAUCAUGUCGCAACAGUUUUUACGAAAACAUGAACACUUCAAGUAUCAACAUUAAUAAUUACAGCAACAAAAACAACAUCAACAACAACAUUCACAACAAUAACAAUCCUAUUUUUAACAACACCAUCGAUCUAGAUUAUAACAAUAUAGACAACAACACAAUGAAUGAUGUUAUAAAUAACAACAACAAUAAUUCCAUAAGCAACAACAACAACAACAACAGCAACAACAAUAGUAAUAAUAAUACCAUUAAUAACAACAACAAUAACAUUAACAACAACAACAAUAUCAUAAACAACGACACACAUAUUGACUUUGAGAGCGCUCCGAUCGUAAGUAACAUUCAAAAACGCACCAGUAGUUACGAUAAUGUAGAAUACAUUAAUCUAAACAACAACACGAAUGACAACAGCAACAAUAACAUUAACAAGAAAUACAACAACAACAACAACAACAACAACAACAACAUCAACAUUUAUACCAUCGAUGCAAAAAACACGGCCGAUAAUUUUGGAUACACUUGCAUAAAAAACGCGAGCGAUAAUAAGUCAAAAAACAUGAUCGAUAAUGAAAACAAAGAACCAAAGAACACAGCAAAGAACAUUGUAAAGAAAACAAACGCAGACCGUAUCUUCGGCAGCAUAAACAACAGCCUCGAUAGCUUGGAUAAUUUAAGUAAUCCCAACGACGGAUUUUUAUACAGCCGAGCCAUCAGUAUAAGUUGCAACACACUCAACCAAUUCAGAUUCGGGAAAAUGGCAAAACAACAACAUGAACCACAACAACAACAACAACCACAACAACUAAAUAGCAGCACAAACGAUCGAAACGUAGACAACAACAACCUCAUCAACACAGACAAAGUGGAACCCACCAGCGAAAACACUUCGCCCCUUCGAUCAUUCAUCUCAAAAUCCGACCAAGAACUCAAGCAAAACGUCUUUCAGACCAAUCUUAAAAAACUGAAAGACAAAAAAGUUCAGAUAUACAGUCUGGCCGCCAUGUCGCUAGCGAACAGGCGACAGCAGAAACAGCAGCACCACAAGCAGCGGGAAGACAUUGCGCUGACCUUGACAUUGAUUGCCGUCGUUGUGGCAAACAAAGGCAUACUGCAUUUAUAG